AUGGAGACGUAUAGGACAGAUGCACCAGUCACCCUGCACUCAACAAGGGACCUCUUGGAAUCAUCUCUUCCCACUGAGGAAAUACAUAAACGAUUAACUGACGAUGGUAAUUCCAUUUCAAGUCAUAACAAUGACAUGAACAGAGCUCACAGCUCACAACUGCCCACAUUGGAUGGGCUACAAGAACAGCUGCCAGUGGUUGGGGACAAUUGCCAUUCUACUGUGACAGGCCAGACUGAUGACCCAGACCAGAUGACUGUGGCUGAAGAUUCUGACCCAGAUUCGCCUCCACGGAAACCCAUUCGGUCACACUUAGAUGAAGCAUUACCGGAUCUGCUCCGUAGUGGGAGCCCCAUCCACAGACGCGUGUCCAGCCCGGUGUCUGCCACGCUGAAGCAGGUAAAAAGGGAGGUUGAACUAUCACGACAGCGCAGUCUGAAGCUUAAGGCUCAGGUGGAUAAACUGCAAAGGCAAAGUGAAAGCGGACCUGGUUGGAGUCAAAACAGAGAACGGGUGACAGAGGAGAUACAGUCUAUUGUGAAUCUGCUACUCCCUAUGACAGACUGUGAGACUGCAGAAUUAGAUCAGCCCUACCAGGCCAACCCUUUGGAUACUGCACUGCUACAACUGCAGAACGUGGCCCGUAGACUUGCUCUUAAUCAUACCUCUCAGGGAAGGCAGAAGACAGGGGAAGAUGCUGCCAUUUUGCAGCAAGCACUACAGGAAAGGGAUAAGGCCAUUGCAAAGAAACAGGCAAUGGAGUCUGAGCUAUUGAAAAGCAAGAACGAAUUGAUGACAUUGAACAACCAACUUUUGGAGGCUGUUCAAAGUCGACUAGAAUUGUCCAUAGAGUUGGAAGCCUGGAAAGAUGAUGUACAGACCAUUCUUCAUCACCAGCUUAUGAAACAACAGGAGGAACAGGCUCAGAAGAAGUCUAGAGGGUUUGGGGUUCUGCGGCGAUCAAAUAAGCCCCUCCCUCCAAACCCAGAUUUGCCCACCCUAACACAUGUGCCUCUGUCUCUAUCACAAUGUCCAUCUCCUAACACUCCAGGAACACAGAGAUGGAAGGACAAAUUCAGACGUGGGAGAACUGGUACGCAAGAAACUGUUAAAGUGUCUCAGCCACAAAAGAUCAACAGAGAAUACCAUUUUCAAACUGUUUCGUUGGACUGAUGUGUUAGGCAUAACAUCCAAAGUAUCUUCUGUAUUAUUCAUCACUGUAAAAUUAACAAUGGGUGUUCAUUGAUUUAGGUCACCACUGUGUAUGUCAUAAUAUGAUAAAUCAAUGUUAUUUUGCCUUUCAUUACAAAAGUGGAACUAACUUGGGUUGAUCUAAGAUUGUGAUGCUCUGAGAUUUCUGUUGACCCACAGUCAAUGAAUGACAUGAUUUCUUAUUUAAACGUCCUAUUUUAAGAAAUGGGAAUAAAGGUUCCAAAGACACAACAAUGUAGAAUUCAAGGCUGAUUUUAUAGGGUUAUAUAGACCUCAUUCACAGCAGCACCAUCUUCAGUGAUUUGUACUGCAGUUUAUAGUGUCUUUGGAUCGUUCCGUGGACAGAACAUUGCAAAAACAUAUUCAAGAACAUUCAGUAGACAAAAAAACUCAGAUGUGAUCUAGCUUUUAACAGCGUGCCACUGAAGAGAUAUACGUCUAUCCCUCACAGCCUCCUUGUCAUUCCCGUUAAAAAUCAAAGAUGGCGCAACCGUGAAUAAGGUCUAUAAAGGUUACUAUGGAAGAGGAAAGAGACUGCAUGUGGCAAUCAUUUCUACGCAUACAUCAGGUUGGAGACUUGUACAUUUAUUGAGUAGUGACACAUCUGCACACAGAUACAGAGACAUUAAAACUAUAGAACAAAGAGCCAUUUUCACCAUGUACCAAAUAGAAACAAUACACACCUCCACUUCAAACAAACAAUACUGCAUGAAGCCAAAUAAUAUUUUACUCAAAUACUAUAGGAAUUACAUUGUUUAAUGAAAAUAUAUCAAAUACUGUGAGUGCCAUGAUAAAGUCUAAUCACUUUCAAAAUACAACUGCUACACAGUAUUCUGUAAACAAGCUAAGUAAAUGCAGCAUUGACAGCACUGGUUAGUGUAUACACAGUAUCAUAGAUGUUUGUGCAUUAGGUUCUUAUUUGAUUGGUCUUUUUAGUAUUGCAAAAGUGCACAUUCACAUAUAGUUCUAUUCUUUAACAUUCAUUGACAUCUAAGAUCAAAGUGCUACUCCAAAGCAGAAUUUUGAAAUAAAAUACACCAUAUUCUCAUUGUUAAUAAAUUGCUGAGGAGAUAUCUAAUGUUUCCAAUGAUUUCUCUUACACUGAUUUAGCUUUAUAAAACAAUCCACUGACUUGCUAAAAGUACUAGGGAAAAUCGUUUAUCUCAUUAAAAGAAAAGACUGAUUUCUUUGUUUCCUUGGGCCAAUAAAGACCCAAGUCACUGUAUUUAAUCAUACAGGAUAAACAUAGCUGGCAAGAGACAAUGCACUAGCACUGCUGAUAAUACCUGGCAUAAACUUUUAGUUUUAAAAAGCUAAUUCUGAAGGAUACAUUUUUAUGUAAACACACACAAAUCAGUCACAACAGACAGGUCUCUGGUGUUUCACCAUACACAUUCCAUACAAUAAUUACAUGAGUGGAGAAACUGACAUGAGAGAACACGCACUGUCAUUUAAAGUAAGUAAUUUUGCAGCAUAUUUCUUGAGUAUUAAGAUACAGUAGUAAUAAAUAUGUUUAGUAUAUUAUACAUUUAAAUACAGAAGUUUAUAGACAUACAAACUACUCAUGUACAAACAUUGAAACUUUCGAAAUUAACAAAAAUAUCCCCUUGUAACGGCAGUUCUUAAACCGAGCUGCCAAAAACAGUACGUUUACAUUUAUUCUACAUAAAUGUACACUCAAAAUAAUUUUAAGAUUUACGCAUUUCAGUUUCAUCAUAUUGAAUUGAGUAAUCUUUAACAAAAUUAAAAAUAAAAAACUAAAUAUUUUAAGUUGUAUUAAUUUUGUUAAAAAAUUACACAAUUUAAUUUGAUGGAAUUUUGUUUUGAAAUUGAAAUGCAUAAAUCUUAAAAACAGGCAAAAAUAUUUUUUGGAGUGUAUGCAAGUCAACAAUUAGAUUUUGUCCAUUUUCAAACAUGUAUAUUUAUGCUCCCAAUUUUAUGCCACACACAAUGAGCCCGUUUACAUGCACACCAAUACGCUGAUUACUCUCUAAAAUAAGCUUAUUUAAAAAAUCUGACAAGGCAACAAAUCCGCGUUUACGUGACAUUUGAAAUAAUCGUGUUAUUCUCUACAUCAAACCGUGUAGAGGCAUGCGCUCAACACGUGCGCAUAUUGGAUGAGCCAGUAAGAACACUGUGUAAGGUGUUUACAUGGCAUGUGAAAUUGGCGUAAUGGGCAAAAAUCUACCUGUGUUGAUCGGGUUAUUCAUAACCUAUUUAUGACCUUGAUGCCGAUAAAGGAACACGGUUUAUUGCGUUUACAUGACCGCACGUGAUGUCGGCUUGUUAAGCAUAAUCGGUGUAAGAACAUGCAUGUAAACGCACUCAUUGUUAGCCACCACUAGUCGAGGAAAAGUUUCCCAUAAACCCCUGCUUUGGUAUUUCAAAAACUGUCAACCAGAACAGGAACAAUCCUAGCAAGCUAAAAAGAAAAAGUGUGCAGAGGUAGGCACAUUGUUCUCUCUUUAAAUCACACUAACGUACAUGAUACAAAACAUCACAGCUAUGCAGUAUCUAAGAGGUACAAGUUUGAAAAAGCAACUAAACAGACAUUAUAUCACAUGUGGGCUACAUGCAUGUAGUUGAUCUGUUUAUACAUUAACUACGAUGAAUAAAAAAUAAACAUGCAUAAGGGUUGAAUCUGGCUUGCAAGAAAAGGGGUCAAAAAUAAAACUGUUUUCUAGAAAAACAGUGCUGCUGAACCUGCAAACAGAAUGGGAGUGUAGUACCUCACAGCAUAACUCCUAAGGUUAUCCAUUUGAGUUACAUUACAGUACCUCAGCUUUAUUCCAACAGUUAAGUAACACAUUACAAAACUGCUUUAAUUAACACAGCUUAACAUUAACUGUUAUUAAAACAUUCUAAAGACCAACCUUAGAGAACAUCACAUAGCAUAUUUUGCAUAGACAUCUUUAUAUUUCUUAUUAGAGCACAGCGCAAGUAUGUCCAUGUCAACAACAUGUUGGCCAAAAAACAUAAAAACAAAACAAACUUUAAAAGAAGUUAAAACAAUUAAAAACAAACUGAAAAUAUCAGUCUAGUCUAAUUGUCAAAUAGUGAAUUAUGCAGCUAAGAUAUUCAAAAACAAGCCACUGGAUUUACUGUUCUGUAACAUAAGUAAUAUUUAGAAGCUACAAACGAAUAUUCUCAUUUUAAACUAAUGACAAGAUUGCUGCUAUAUAUAUAUAUAUAUAUAUAUAUAUAUAUAUAUAUAUUUCUAUAUAU